UGCAUGAAAAACAACCCACAGGGGAAUCUUAGACCCAAAAGAGGCAAGUUCCCGAAUCCACAAUGGACUUUCCAACACGGCGAAGGAGAUCUGAAACCAGAGGUAGAACUGACACCUGGGGACUGGGUCUUCAUAAAGGUCAUAAAAAAAAGUCCUGGGCAGAUCCACGGUGGGAGGGACCAUUCCAAGUGCUGCUGACAACCCCUACUGUGGUAAAUAUAGCUGAUCGCCCCUCCUGGAUCCACCUCUCUCUUAAAAAGUCAGGUUGGUGUACUGUUCUCAUGCAGCACCCGAAGAUCACACACGCUGGACCACUGCUACUCUCCUUUCCGUGAGGCGUACAAAGCCCUCCCCCUAAAUCCGUUUGGCAAAUCGGACCAUCUCUCCAUUCUGCUCCUGCCCACCACCAGAAAAGCCCCCGCUGGUCGGACCAAUCGGAUUCAGCGCUUCGGGACUGUUUUGAUGACGCAGACUGGGAGAUGUUCCGCGACGCGUCACACAAUCAAUAACUUUGACGAACAUGUAGCCUCGGUUAGCGGGUUCAUUAGGAAGUGUAUAGAGAAUGUUGUGCCCACAAAAACAGGUCAUGUUUACCCCAAUCAGAAUCCAUGGCUCAACGGUGAGGUCCGUGCUGCGCUGAACGCGCGUACCGCUGCUUUUAAAUCAGGAAACACGGAUGAGUAUAAAAAGCCAGCUAUGCCCACCGUAAGACCAUAGACGCAGCUAAACGCGAGUUCAGGGCUAAAGUGGAGUCACAGAUCAACACCAGCAACACGAGAAGCCUGUGGGAGGGGCUGAACACAAUAACGGCCCUUAAGAGGGAAACUCGUUCUGUGAAAAACAUCAGCGCUGCGCUUCCAGACGAGCUGAAUUCUUUCUACGCCUGUUUUGAGGCAAAUCACACCGCGCCAGCGUAAAGAGUCCCGCCCCCGCCUCCGCCCCCACCCCGCCGAGUCAACAACCCCUCCGUCUCCGUGGAUGACGUGUGCAGAGCCUUCAAGCCGGACCUGACGGAUCCCUGCAUGCGCUCUCAAAGCCUGUGCACAUCAGCUGGCAGGAGUGUUUACAGACAUCUUUAACUUCUUCCUCUCUCUCUCUCUCUCUCUCUCUCUCUCUCUCUCUCUCUCUCUCUCUCUCUCUCUCUCUCCCCCCUCCCCCCUUUCUCUCUCUCCCCCUCUCUCUCUCUCUCGCUCUUAGUUGCUCCCACGUGCUUCAAACUGGUCAGGUUGCUCUUACCUCCAUCAUAAGCAAGUGCUUUAAGAAGCUGGUCAGAUACAUCAUUUGCUCCUCACUACCUGCCACUCUGGACCCACUGCAGUUUGCUUACAGACAGACCAGAUCCACUGAUGACGCAAUAGUCCUGACUCUACACACUGCCCUCUCCCACCUGGGCAGGAAGAAGACGUAUACGAGUGCUGUUUGUGGACUACAGCUCAGCGUUCAACACCGUCGCGCCCUCAAGGCUCGGCAUUGAGCUUCGGAAUCUGGGUCUGAACAGUUCUCUGUGCAGCUGGAUCCUGAACUUCCUGACGGGCCGACGCCAGGUGGUAAAGAUGGGCAGCUUCACCUCCUCCUCACUGACCCUUAACACCGGAGUUCCUCAGGGCUGUGUGCUCAGCUCUCUCUUGUACUCCCUGUAUACCCACGACUGCUCAGCCAGACACAGCUCCAACGUCAUCAUCAAAUUUGCAGGUGACACCACAAUUGUUGGCCUGAUCCCCAAUAACAAUGAGGAGGUCUACGGAGAGGAGUGUGGUGCCAGGAGAACAUCCUCUCUCUCGGUGUCAACAAGACGAAGGAGCUCAUAGUGGACUUCAGGAAGCAAGAGAGAGCGCACACCCCCAUCAGCAUCAACAGAGCCGUGGUAGAGAGGGUCAGCAGCUUCAAGUUCCUCGGUGUUCACAUUUCCGAGGAACUGACAUGGACCGAACACACCACACGGUUCUUAAAGAAGGAGCAACAGUGCACCUCAGGCGGCUGAAGAGGUUUGGCAUGAACCCCUGCAUCCUCAGAACAUUCUACACAUGUACUGUGGAGAGCGUUCUAACAGGCUCCAUCAUCACCUGGUAUGGAAACUGUACUGCCAUUGAGCGUAAAGCUUUACAGAGGGUGGUGUGCACAGCCCAGCACAUCACCAGGGUCCAGCUCCCAAACCUUUUGGACUUAUACACUAGCCGCUGACUGAGGAAGACCAGGAGGAUUCUGAAGGACUCCACCCACCCAAGCCGUUGCCUGUUCUCGCAGCUGCCAAGUGGGAAGAGGUGCAGAAGCAUAAAGUCCAGAACCAGCCGGUUCUGAGACAGUUUCUUCCCCUGGGAACAUCAGGCUGCUGAACAGCCAGUAGUGCUGGCCUAUCAGCCUCUGUAUAGUCAGAGUUCCACUCACAUUUGGAGCUGACCUGGAUCGCUGCAGAGAGCAGAGUGGAGAUGAGUGAGGAUAUGUAUGAAAAUUCAGGAUACACUGCAGACAGAAAAUCUGAGUCAGAUGACGGCAAGAAUGUCUAUGAAAACAUGCAUGUGAAAGGACAUGCUGGGACCCAAAGAACAGGAAACAGACGGGAAUCUCAGAGCUCAGGAUAUGACACAGCUGGGAGCAGAAGCUGCAGGUGGGCUGCAGUGUGUCUGGGGCUGCUGUGUGUUCUCCUGCUGGCUGCCACCACAGUGAUGUGGAUCAAGCUGAACAAGCUGACUACAGAGUGGGAUAACUUACAGACCAGUUACACCAACCUGACUCUAGAGAGAGACCAGAUAGAGGCUUUAUGUAUAAAUGAAGCCGACCUGCGAGGCUGGAUCUACUUCAGCUCCAGUGUCUACUACAUCUCUACUGAGAAGAAGAGCUGGAGUGAGAGCAGAAAGGACUGCAGAGCAAGAGGAGCAGACCUGCUGAUCAUAAACAGCAGAGGAGAACAGGACUUCACUGAAAUGUUGAGAAGAGGUCAGAAAACUUGGAUUGGUCUGUCUGACCAAGACACAGAGAGGGUCUGGAAAUGGGUGGACGGCUCAGCGCUGACCACUAGGUUCUGGGGAAGCGGAGAACCCAACAGUAGAGCAGGAGAUGAGGACUGUGUUGUCACUGGCCAAACAUCUGAUCCUUCACAGAACUGGGCUGAUUAUCCCUGCAAUGCCCACUUUGUUUGGAUUUGUGAAAAGAGAAUAUUUAGCUGAAUUGCUUAUGUGAGGAUCAAGAGUCCAAAUAUAGGCCAUAAUUAUCCGGGUUUAAUUGCAUUAUUGCACUGACGUCUUGAUUUUUCUAACAAUAGGAGAAACAGAUAUGUAGAGAUAAAAUAUAAGAUGAACCACAGCUGGUAGCUUGCAAACCACUAAAACUCGCGAAAUGGAAGCAAUAUGACUGCUAUUGACUUCUGCAGAUGCACAACAUUCUAGGAUAUAUUUCAAGUUUCUAUGAUCAUCUUAGUUUCAUCUAAUUGUUCUGUCCAGAAAAGUAUUUUUUUUUACCAUCUACACUGUAAAAAUCAGUCUUUCUAUUUAUUUUGAAUAGACCUUCUUUAGUUUUUACAGAUUUGAUCACAUUUUCUGUGAAUUUACAGAUAAUGACUGUAAAAAAACAUUGCAGUGCCAAAUAUUCCUACCAUUCACUGUAAAAACCUUUAGAAUUUUACUUAUUAACCUUUCUAUUAAAUGACUGAUUUUCCAUGUACUGGACAUAUUUUCAAUAACACAUCAAAACAUAUGACUUUUUUUGCUUCUGAACAGACAUUGCUCUGUAAUAAAAAAUGCAUUGAUGAGACGUGUUAUUCUACACAUAAAUAACAUCUUCACACCACAUUAAAGUUGUUUAUUACAGAAAA